UUCCAAAGUAAAGUAGCGAAGCUUGGUAGCGGAAAAGCGCGCGCGCAUUAUGGGUUCUGCUAUGACUCAAAGUUAACCUAAAACUUAUAAAAACACGCGUUCUCAAAAGUGCAUUUGUCAAAGUACACAGAUCGGAGAACAACGUUUACAUCGUGAAUUGACUUGACCCAAUUGUUAUUUCGUGCGUUUUUUUUAACUGUCAUCAAAAAAAUAAGUGUAUAAACGCUGCAACAAUGAGUAGACCACUCGAUAAUCCGAAUCCGAAAAUUUAUCCCAAAUUGGAAGAGAAAUUAAGUGUCGACGAACAAAUUGAAGAAAUUCCGAGAAACGCGGAUGCAGUCGAUGCUCGGAGAGUAUUCGAAUUGUUGAGGAAUAUCACUGACCCAGAACAUCCGUUGACUUUAGAACAGUUGAAUGUUGUCGAGCAGCGUUUAAUUGAAGUUGAUAAUGAAAAAAAUCAAAUUAAUGUUCAGUUUACUCCUACUAUACCACACUGUAGCAUGGCAACUCUCAUAGGAUUAUCUAUAAGAACACAGUUAUUACGGAAAAUAUCACCAAAGUUCAAAGUUUCAGUUACAGUUACUCCUGGAACUCAUGUAUCUGAAGCUGCAGUAAAUAAACAGUUGGGUGAUAAAGAAAGAGUUGCUGCAGCUUUAGAAAAUGAAUUUCUCUGUAAUGUAAUAGAACAAUGCUUAGAGAGCGCAGAAGAAUCGUAAUAUCAGAGUUAUAUUUAAUUUUCAUUUGGUAUUUGUUGCAUGCAAUUAAAUACAUCAAAGUUAUCUAGCAUUUAAUUAUUUAAUUAAGUUUUACAAAAUAUUGUUUUAAAAAUGUGUAUAACUAUUGUUAAUGGUUACCAAUGAAUGAUUACAAAUAAAAAUUUUAUUUAGUU